GAGCAACUCAAGAAAACGAGCUACGAGACGCACGAAGCCUACAGCGCGCAGAAGCGCGCCGCAGCUGCGGCAUGUCAGACAUGUUUCCAGAAGGCGCACGGCGUGCCCUACGGCGCGCUGUCGCACAGCUCGAAGCACGAGCCUUUGAAGAAACUCCAGACUCAGGACGGCAGGUGGGACGUUGCCGCAGUUGCGGCAGCGGGCGCCGCAUUCGCGGAGCUCUACAAGGACGGGCUAAGUAUGGGGGUGCUCCCCUGGCAGAUAUACACCGAGUGCCCACGCACUUGCUCGUUAAUUUCCAACGCUAUCAACAAGACGCAGCAACUAGGCUCGCGCACCUCGGAGAUCACCGCCGUGAAAUCCUUAGCGACUGCAGCGUCUGCUGGACAGGCACGACGAGAAGCCAGCCUCGCGUCUGAGCAGGUCCAGGCGCGGGCGCGCGACGAGCUCGACGCGUGGGUGGGCGACCCCGAAUACGUCGACGCCGUGACAAUAGGCGGACAGAAAGCAGGGUUCCUGGACGAGCUGCUGGCUUUCGCAGAGAAGUUCGAAGACCAUUUAAAAAGACAACUUAGACUGGCUGGGUUCGCAGUUGCGAACCAGAUGCCCGCGGAGACGCUGCGUUCGAAAGUGGCUGUCAUCGCGCGGGCGCACCGCAGGCCACCCAGCAAGACGCGGCGUUCAUGCCCCGAGUCUUUCUGGCCUAAGUCGCCCCCCUCUGACCCGGCGGCGCUGGAGGAAGCGCCGCGCUACUUCCGCGGCGCCUGCAAAGCCGCAGUUGCGGCUCUUCCAGCGCAGAAGCGACCCGGCAUCCUCCCAGAUGCCCCCAAAGCAAAGCAGUCCUGCAUUGACUUCGCCGCAGUUGCGGCGAAGGCCUCCGCUUCAGCUGCCGGCGCUCCGUCCGCGCCCGCGCCUGCUCGCAUUCUGCCGAGGGCCAUCGAAUGCGACGCUGAGACAGCGCAGCCCACUACCAGCAGGGCGAAAAGGGGCAGGAGCGACAAGGAGAAAGCCGCAGUUGAGGUCGCGCCAUGGAAAGCGUGGGCGCGGUCGGGGGGCGCGCAGAGUCUGGGCCGGCACGCUGCGGCUCGCGCUGCCAUCUCCCUCGCGUUGAGGGUGCAACGCGUUUCAAGGGCGCCCCCGAAGCAACCUGCGGAGAUCGCCCUGGACAUCGACAACAAGAGGUACGCCAGAGCCGACGCCGUCGUGAAGGAGUCGCGCGAGGAAGAGGAAGAGAAAACGCAGCGCACGUGCUGCCUCAAUCCCGAACUCAAGUUGCCGACCUUAAAGGCCGUUGACUCCGCAGCUGCGGAGAAGGAGGCCUCUGGUGACGCCGCGAAGGGCACGGGCGCCGCGUGGCACUUUUCUGGAGACGAGAGUCUGUGCCCGUUCUGGGCCGCGUCGAGAGUGACCGACGACGAGAUGAAUAAGAUGCAGCAAUGUCUUGGAACGAGUGCGUCUCGUUUCACCAUGGAGCGUGGCGGCGAGGAAUUCGCCGCAGUCGCGGUCAGGGAGGCGAACUUGAGAUUUCAUUUCUUCGUUCCUGUGCCCACACAUUCCGUGGCCUUGCGCGCGGGCGAGCGGCUUUUCACGCUGCAACCAAAGACAACAGAGAAGGAAAGAGCCGCGGAGACGCGGAUAACAGACGCAAAGAAAACGAAGUCCAGCGGCGAGGCCAAAGCCAAGGCGAACACGAA